GUCGGCCCCUGAGAGGAAGCGGCUUGUGAUGGAGAACGGAGGCGGCGGCGGCGGUCAAAGUCGGUCUCAGCCCGGGGGCUCGACGCCCGGCUCCGGUGACGACAAACUGAGGGGGCCCUGGAGCAAAGACAAGAAGGACCCUAACGCCCCCACGGCGGACAAGGAGCAGGAGCUGUCUGAAGAAGACAAACAACUACAAGAUGAGCUGGAAAUGCUUGUGGAACGCUUGGGAGAGCAAGACACGGCUCUUUAUCGUCCUGCCCUGGAGGAACUUCGCAGGCAGAUACGCUCUUCCACAACCUCCAUGACUUCUGUACCCAAGCCCUUGAAGUUUCUGCGGCCACAUUACGGCAAAUUGAAAGAGAUCUACGAAAACAUGGUUUAUAUGCCGCAUCUAGCAGGCGAAGUCGCCAAGGAGUGGCAGGAAAUUGACGAGGCAGACAAGACCCAGAAGGACACACUUCUAACUCUGGUAAAGGAGAUUGUGCCCUACAACAUGGCCCAUAAUGCUGAGCACGAGGCCUGUGAUUUGCUGAUGGAAAUUGAGCAGAUGGAUAUGCUGGAGGAAUAUAUUGACGACAAUGCCUAUGCCAAAGUUUGUCUCUACUUGACCAGCUGUGUGAGCUAUGUCCCCGAGCCAGAGAAUUCUGCCCUUCUUCGCUGUGCCCUUAGCAUCUUCCGCAAGUUCAAUCGCUACCCUGAAGCCCUGCGUUUGGCCCUCAUGCUGAAUGACAUGGAACUGGCCGAAAACAUCUUCAUUUCCUGCAAAGAUGUAGUGGUUCAGAAGCAAAUGGCCUUCAUGCUGGGCCGCCACGGUGUCUUUCUGGAGCUAAGUGAGGAUGUUGAAGAAUAUGAGGAUCUUACAGAGAUCAUGUCUAACGUCCAGCUCAACAGUAAUUUUCUGGCCUUGGCCAGGGAACUGGAUAUCAUGGAGCCCAAGGUGCCAGAUGACAUUUACAAAACACAUCUAGAAAAUAAUCGGUUCGGCGGUAGCGGUUCGCAAGUGGAUUCAGCGCGCAUGAAUUUGGCUUCCUCCUUUGUGAACGGUUUUGUGAAUGCUGCUUUCGGCCAGGACAAGCUGCUGACCGACGACGGCAACAAGUGGCUCUACAAAAACAAGGACCAUGGUGAGGGAGGACAAGAACUCACGGUCUGGGCUGGGGCUGGGGGUGAGGGAGAAGGGAGAAGGUGGAGACAGUUUGCUCCAGAGUGGGAAAUUUUGCACUCCAUGAGAGAUGCUCUCUGGCAACGAAUUCAUUAUUGGACCAUGUUGUGCUCUCUUGGCAGGCUGGGACUGGCCUACGCAGGAUCCAACCGAGAAGAUGUCCUGACCUUGCUGCUUCCUGUUAUGGGGGAUUCCAAAUCCAGCAUGGAGGUGGCUGGUGUGACAGCCCUGGCUUGCGGAAUCAUCGCAGUGGGCUCCUGCAACGGAGAUGUCACCUCCACCAUCCUCCAAACUAUUAUGGAGAAGUCCGAGACAGAGCUGAAGGACACCUACGCCAGGUGGCUGCCUCUUGGCCUGGGCCUGAACCAUCUGGGAAAGGGUGAGGCCAUUGAAGCAAUCCUGGCUGCCCUGCAGGUUGUGUCUGAGCCUUUCCGUAGCUUUGCCAACACCCUCGUGGACAUCUGCGCCUACGCAGGAUCUGGGAAUGUGUUGAAGGUUCAGCAGCUUCUUCAUAUCUGCAGUGAGCAUUUUGACUCCAAAGAGAAGGAGGAGGAAAAAGAGAAGAAGGAGAAGAAGGACAAAGAGAAGAAAGAUAAUUCGGCUGACAUGGGAGCUCACCAGGGUGUGGCGGUGCUGGGCAUUGCGCUCAUCGCUAUGGGUGAGGAGAUCGGGGCAGAGAUGGCUCUACGUACCUUUGGUCACCUGCUACGAUAUGGGGAACCGACUCUUCGACGAGCUGUUCCAUUAGCUCUGGCUCUCAUCUCUGUGUCCAACCCUCGCCUCAACAUCCUUGACACUCUCAGCAAGUUUUCCCACGAUGCUGACCCCGAGGUGUCAUACAACUCUAUCUUCGCCAUGGGCAUGGUGGGCAGCGGUACCAACAACGCUCGCCUGGCUGCAAUGCUGAGACAGCUGGCACAAUAUCACGCUAAGGAUCCCAAUAACCUUUUCAUGGUGCGAUUGGCUCAGGGUCUGACCCACCUUGGAAAAGGAACCCUCACCCUCUGUCCUUACCACAGUGACCGGCAGCUCAUGAGCCAGGUUGCUGUGGCCGGCCUCUUGACCGUGCUGGUCUCUUUCCUGGAUGUGCGUAACAUCAUCCUUGGGAAGUCCCACUACGUGCUCUAUGGCCUUGUGGCUGCCAUGCAGCCACGCAUGCUUGUGACUUUUGACGAGGAGCUGCGCCCACUGCCAGUGUCGGUCAGAGUGGGACAGGCGGUGGACGUGGUGGGUCAAGCUGGGAAGCCAAAGACGAUCACCGGCUUCCAGACUCACACCACCCCAGUGCUGCUGGCACACGGCGAGCGGGCAGAGCUGGCCACCGAAGAGCACAUACCUGUCACGCCUAUCCUGGAAGGCUUCGUAAUCCUGCGCAAGAACCCCAACUAUGAUGUCUGAGUUGCCUGGGGGUUGGGAUGCGGGUUGGCAGGACGGACUGUUCUCUCUCUCUCUCUCUCUCUCUUUUUUGUUACAUAAAUUGUUUGUUGAAGGAAAAUAAACUGUCUUCAGAA